GUCGUGAGCAAGGAGGCUGAAGCAGCCAAAUAGAACGCAGCCUCUAUCAGACCCCCCCCCCCCCCCCCCCCCCCCCCCUCUAUCUCAAGCUCACCGCCACAUUUUAGUCUUUUUUUCCCCCUCUAUCUGCUCCUCAUUUAUUCUCGGACAGCGGCUGGGUGGGGGAAACCUUUAAAAUAUAGUGAUUAUAAGGACAAGGGGAAUCAUGAGCGUGGAGGCGUACGGGCCGAGCUCCCAGACGCUCACGUUUCUGGACGCUGAGGAAGCCGAGCUAGUCGGAGCAGACACCCAGGGCUCCGAGUACGACUUCACCGAUUUUACCCUGCCAAGCCAGACUCAAGGACAGACCCAGAGUCAGCUAGACAACCAGGUCAACAGUCCUGGAGGUGUGUUACAAAAUGGAGACGACCCUGUGCUGAAUGCAAGUCACUUGCUGGCAGAGUUGAACUUUGAGGAGGAUGAGGAGGAUACAUACUAUUCCAAGGAUCUCCCUGUGCAUGCUUGCAGUUACUGUGGAAUUCACGAUCCAGCCUGCGUGGUCUACUGCAACACCAGCAAGAAGUGGUUCUGCAAUGGCCGUGGAAACACCUCGGGCAGUCACAUUGUGAACCAUCUGGUGAGGGCAAAGUCCAAGGAGGUGACCCUUCAUAAAGACGGUCCUCUGGGAGAAACGGUGCUGGAGUGCUACAACUGCGGUUGUCGCAAUGUCUUUCUGCUUGGCUUCAUCCCUGCAAAGGCGGACUCAGUAGUGGUGUUACUGUGCAGACAGCCAUGUGCCAGUCAGAGCAGCCUCAAGGACAUCAACUGGGACAGCUCCCAAUGGCAGCCUCUCAUUCAGGACCGCUGCUUCCUCUCCUGGCUGGUCAAAAUCCCCUCAGAGCAGGAGCAGCUUAGGGCCCGACAGAUCACAGCCCAGCAGAUCAACAAAUUGGAGGAACUGUGGAAGGAAAAUCCCAGCGCAUCCUUGGAAGACCUGGAGAAGCCCGGGGUGGAUGAGGAGCCCCAACAUGUUUUGCUGCGCUAUGAGGAUGCCUACCAAUACCAGAACAUCUUUGGUCCUCUUGUCAAGUCAGAGGCUGAUUAUGAUAAGAAGCUAAAAGAGUCCCAGACUCAAGACAAUAUCACAGUCAGAUGGGACCUUGGCCUCAAUAAAAAGAGAAUUGCCUAUUUUACUCUGCCUAAGACUGACUCAGAUAUGCGACUGAUGCAAGGAGAUGAGCUCUGCCUGAGGUACAAAGGGGAUCUGGCACCUCUAUGGAAAGGCAUUGGACAUGUCAUCAAAGUCCCUGACAACUACGGUGACGAGAUCGCCAUCGAGCUGAGGAGCAGCGCUGGAGCUCCUGUGGAGAUCCCACACAACUUUCAGGUGGACUUUGUGUGGAAGUCCACAUCCUUUGACAGGAUGCAGAGUUCCCUGAAAACAUUUGCUGUGGAUGAGACGUCAGUGUCUGGUUACAUCUACCACAAACUGCUGGGCCACGAGGUGGAGGACGUGGUCAUCAAGUGUCAACUGCCCAAACGCUUCACUGCUCAAGGACUGCCUGACCUAAAUCACUCCCAAGUGUAUGCAGUAAAGACAGUGCUGCAGCGGCCGCUCAGCCUGAUUCAAGGUCCGCCUGGUACUGGAAAGACAGUGACUUCUGCCACAAUUGUGUACCACCUGGCCCGACAGGGAAACGGACCAGUGUUGGUGUGUGCGCCCAGUAACAUUGCUGUGGACCAGCUGACAGAAAAGAUCCACCAGACCGGACUCAAAGUGGUUAGGCUGUGUGCCAAGAGCAGGGAAGCCAUUGACUCACCUGUGUCCUUCCUGGCUCUGCACAACCAGACCCGUAACAUGGACAGUAUGCCAGAACUUCAGAAACUACAACAGCUAAAAGAUGAGACUGGAGAGUUGUCCUCCUCUGAUGAGAAACGUUACAGAGCUCUGCGACGCACCGCUGAGAGGGAACUGUUGAUGAACGCUGAUGUAAUCUGCUGCACGUGCGUCGGGGCAGGUGACCCUCGCCUAGCCAAGAUGCAGUUCAGAUCAAUCCUGAUUGACGAGAGCACACAGGCCACUGAGCCGGAGUGCAUGGUGCCUGUGGUGCUUGGAGCCAAACAGUUGAUUCUGGUGGGCGACCACUGCCAGCUGGGCCCAGUGGUGAUGUGCAAGAAGGCAGCUAAAGCAGGCUUGUCCCAGUCUCUCUUUGAGCGUCUGGUGGUUCUGGGGAUCCGUCCGAUCCGUCUGCAGGUUCAGUACCGCAUGCACCCGGCCCUCAGUGCCUUCCCCUCCAACAUCUUCUAUGAAGGCUCGCUGCAAAAUGGAGUCACUGCAGGUGACCGUGUGAAGAACGGCUUUGACUUCCAGUGGCCGCAGCCUGACAAGCCCAUGUUCUUUUAUGUCACUCAAGGCCAGGAGGAAAUCGCAAGCUCUGGAACAUCAUACCUCAACAGAACUGAGGCAGCUAAUGUGGAGAAAAUAACGACAAGGUUGCUAAAGGCUGGAGCUAAACCAGAUCAGAUUGGCGUCAUCACCCCUUAUGAGGGGCAGAGAUCCUAUCUGGUCCAGUACAUGCAGUUCAGUGGCUCCCUUCAUACCAAGCUUUACCAGGAGGUUGAGAUUGCCAGUGUAGAUGCAUUCCAAGGCAGAGAGAAAGACUUCAUCAUAUUGUCCUGUGUGAGGGCCAAUGAGCAUCAGGGCAUCGGCUUCCUAAACGAUCCUCGUCGUCUCAAUGUGGCUCUCACGAGAGCCAGGUAUGGCGUGAUCAUUGUGGGCAACCCUAAAGCUCUGUCCAAGCAGCCAUUAUGGAACCACCUGCUGAACUACUAUAAGGAGCAGAAGGUGUUGGUGGAAGGGCCCCUUAACAACCUGAGAGAGAGCCUCAUGCAGUUCAGCAAGCCUUGCAAGCUGGUCAACACUAUCAACCCUGGCGGUCGAUUCAUGAGCACAGCCAUGUAUGACGCCAGAGAAGCCCUCAUCCCUGGAUCUGUUUACGAUCGCAGCAGCAAUGGGCGCACAUCCAACAUGUACUUCCAGACACAUGACCAGAUUGGAAUGAUUGGUACCGGCCCCAACCCUUUGACUUCUUUGAACAUCCCCAUCCCCUUCAGCCUGGUCAUGCCCCCGAUACCUCCUCCUGGCUACAUGGGGCACGUCGACGGGCCAAAAUCAGGUCGUGGAGGCGGCAUGAAGGGUAAAGCUGGUAGUGGAGGAGGGGGCGGCGCGCGUGGUAAUCGCCCGAGAAACCGUAGCAACAUGGGGAACCAGAGCGGAGGGCAUCCUGGGGGCAGCCAGGCUAGCCAGGACCUGGUCUCCCAGACCUUCUCCCAGGGCCCUCUGACCCAAGGCUACAACAACAUGAGUCAGCCGUCACAGAUGAGUCAGCCUGGGCUCUCCCAGCCAGAGCUUUCCCAGGACAGUUACCUUGGAGAUGAGUUCAAGUCCCAGAUUGAUGUGGCUCUGUCUCAGGACUCCACCUACCAGGGGGAGCGAGCCUACCAGCAUGGUGGUGUGACUGGACUGUCCCAGUACUAGACUCUUGCUGAAAGGAGCUCAGCCUGUGUGAGCUCAGUUCCUCAGAAUGAAAAAAUCUGGGUGACGACUAGCAGAACGACCAAGGAUACCCGUUUUCCACCGCGACACCACUGUGCGAAAGGAGCAGGAGCGAGCGAGCGAGCGAGGACUGUGAGAAAACCAACCAAUCGCGAGCGUGCGAAAAGAAAUUGGAGCAGAGCAAGGCAGUGGCGUGCCGUGCCGGUGGAGGAGUGAAGGCCACCGCUGCUGGCGCACGAGCCAGGAACGACGAAGCGCGGGAGAAAAGCUGUCUUCUUGGGAUCAGCGCUGAUGACCUUUGCGGAUCAAGAAUGGAAGGGAAAAUCCAUUUGGUUCUAAACGCGGACGGACUGCGUAAUCGGGCUGAACCCUUCUGGCAUCUCCAGGCUGUCUGCUUCAAACGCUGGGAGAGGAUGGAGAAGAGAGGUGUCUCGCACAUUCGUCCUCCGAGCUUACCGAACAGGGCGUCUUGAAGAGAUCGACACAGUGAACGGGACACGAGCCGUGAACUUCUUCAACCUCCGAGUCGAGAGUGUGAACUUCUGGCUAUGCAAGUGAACUCAGUCACUGGACAUUCGGGGAUCACAUAGCCGCCAAUUGAUCGUGCACUUUUAUUUCCUCAGCUUUGAGUAGGAAGUUUUAUUUUAAAGUACAGUGAACCCUAUUCACGCAGAAUAGGGACCAAGUCCUGCUGUGAAUAGCAAAGAUUUCCUUGUACAGUGGUGCCUUUAGAUACGAGUAAACUUAUUUCCAUGACCACGCUCGUAACUUAAAACACUUUGCAAAUCUUCUUUCCCCUUCUAAAUGAAUGGACAUGUCAUUAAUCUGUUCCAGCCUCCCCCCCAAAAAAUAUUUUGUAAGUUGUCUUUAAUCAGAAAAAUAGCAGUCAGCCAUAGCAGCAUGAUAUCGUACUCUAAAAAAAAACAUAGUCAUGGAUACAUUAAAUAGAAUGUAAAGAAAUUAAACUAGUUUUGCGUCAAUUCAUACAUUGUGCUUCUCCUUUUGGUGUCUGUGCCUUGGCCACCUGGGGGUAUAAUGCAGACUUACAGACAUACUGUAUAUGGAGCCAGACUCGGCUCAUCAGUAAACUGCAGUAAUACAAGUCGUUCUCCACAGAGGUUUGAGAAUAUAUGCCUGUGAGUGUUCGUAUAGAUUAGCAUUAGGCUAGGCGACUUUAAAGCAAAGCUGUUUGGUUGUUAUCAAUACACAAGGUGUAAUUUGGUUUGUUUAAUGUUUAUUUUGACAGUAAACUGCACCUGGGAGUGUGCUCGCAUCUCAAAUAUUUGCUUGCAAGUCAAAACAAAAAAUUGUAUCUAAAAAAACCUGGUAAAUCAGGUCACUCGUAUCUCAAGGCACCACUGUAAUUUAAGGUUUGUAAUAACUUCCCAUAGCUGCCACAAGAUAAUGGUAACAACUUUUUUUCUCAUUAGACAGGCUGAGGCGUGACUAAAUGAAACGCCUUCCAUCAGCUCAACAUAGUUGCUUGGCACCAAGAUACCACCAAAUGGCGCCAAAGCAUUAUUUCUACUGCACACUAUUUUUAUUACCCGUGGCUUUGGCGAAUUCCCGAAUGUUGACCGCGAAUAUGCGGGAUUUCACCGUAGUGUAGUUGUCUAUCGCUUAAGGUCUGAAAGGAACAAGUGGUACAAUUACUGCUUAAAAUGUAAAAAUUGCUUAAUGCACUUAGGACUGCAACUGGUGAGACAAUUUUUGUUUUAAAUGUAUAUUUAGUGCUACAAAAUGAGAAACAAACAUCGUGAGACCCACUUAAAAAGACUCAGCCUUUUUUAAAAAAAAAAAAAGAAAACUUUUUUUUUUACAGUACAGUACAGUACAUACAGUGGGCACAGAAAGUAUUUAGACCCUCUUAAAUUUUUCAAUCUUUUUUUAUAUUGCAGCCGCUAAAAUAAUUUAAGUUCAUUUUUUUCCUCAUUAAUGUACACACAGCACCCCUUAUUGGCAGAAAAAAACAGAAUUGUUGAAAUUCUUGGAGAUUUAUUGAAAAAGAAAAACUGAAAUAUCACACAGCCAUAAGUAUUCCGACCCUUUGCUCAGUAUUUAGUCGGAGCACCCUUUUGAGCUAAUAAAGCUAUGAGUCUUUUUGGGAAUGAUGAAUAAUGUUUUUCACACCUGGAUUUGGGGAUCCUCUGCCGUUCCUCCUUGCAGAUCCUCUCCAGUUCUGUCAGGUUGGAUGGUGAACGUUGGUGGACAGCCAUUUUCAGGUCUCUCCAGAGAUGCUCAAUUGGGUUCAAGUCAGGGUUCUGGCUGGGCCAUUCAAGAACAGUCACGGAGUUGUUCAGAAGCCACUCCUUCGUUAUUUUAGCUGUGUGUUUUGGGUCAUUGUCUUGUUGGAAGGUGAAACUUUGGCCCAGUCUGAGGUCCUGAGCACUGUGGAGAAGGUUUUCGUCCAGGAUAUUCCUGUACUUGGCCGCAUUCAUCUUUCCUUCGAUUCCUUCGAUUGCAACUGGUCCCUGCAGCUGAAGACACCCACAGCAUGAUGCUGCCACCACCAUGCUUCACUGUUGGGACAGUAUUGGACAGUUGAUGUUUUCUCCACACAUGCCACUUAGAAUUAAGGCUAAAAAGUUGUAUCUUGGUCUCAUCAGACCAGAGAAUCUUUUUUUUCUCACCAUCUUGGAGUCCUUCAUGGUUUUUUUGGUUUUUUUUUUUUUUUUAAGCAAACUCCAUGUGGGCAUUCACGUGUCUUGUAGUGAGGAGAGGCUUCCGUCGGGCCACUCUGCCAUAAAACCCCAACUGGAGGGCUGCAGUGAUGGUUGACUUUCUAGAACUUUCUCCCAUCUCCCGACUGCAUCUCUGGAGCUCAGCCGCAGGGAUCUGUGGGUUCUUCUUUACCUCUCUCACUCGAUUGUUCAGUUUGGCCGGACAGCCAGCUCUAGGAAGGGUUCUGGCCGUCCCAAGCAUCUUCCAUUUAAGGAUUAUGGAAGCCAUUGUGCUCUUAGGAAACUUAAGUGCAGCAGGAAUUAUUUUGUAACCUUGACCAGAUCUGUGCCUUGCCACAAUUCUGUCUCUGAGCUCUUCAGGCAGUUCCUUUGACCUCCAUGGUUCUCAUUUGCUUUAAGGUUUUAUAUAGACAGGGUUGUGGCUUUCAUAACCAAGUCCCAAUCUACAAAAAUGUCAACAAUUGCGUUUUUUUCUGUCAAUAUGGGGUGCUGUGUGUAGAUUGAGGGGGGGAAAAAUGAACUUAAAUGAUUUUAGUAAAUGGCUGCAAUAUAACAAAGAGUGAAAAAUGGAAGGGGGUCUGAAUACUUACAAAUACCCACUGUAUUGUUCAAUUUGAGCAUCUUUUGAGUGUUUACUGCAAUUGUAGUGCAACCAGGGUGCUUUUCUAUUAACAUCAUCUAAAACUGACCUAUGGCAUAUUGAUGGCUUCUGGGGUUAUUACCUAAUUGGCUGAGGUUUCAGUUUCAUUCAGUUAGUUAAAUGUAAUCCAAAUCAUAGCCAUCUUGUUACCCGGGGUAAUUUUCUGGUUUCUUUUCAUCACAUUCACAUUUGAAUUGUUGCUACAUUUCUAUCCUUUCUAAGGAAGCCAAUAAUGAUCACUUUUGUAGUCCUUUUGUGGAAAGCUGAACCCCCCCAGCCCCCCCCCCCCCCUCCACCAAUCUUGAACUAUUAAUUGCUUCACUUAUGAUUGCUUGCUUGCAUUACUGUAUUGUAAUUUCCUCCAAUAGUAGUAAUUAAUGCUUACAAAUAUAUAAUGGCUAGAAAAUUAAAAUGCAUUUUGUUUCACUGAUGUAGUAGUUUGGAAGUGUCUGCCUUUUCAGUAAAAAAUACAUGAGAAAUGUGACAUACUGUACAAGCCUGUCUAGCACCAGUUUGUUAGUAUUCUGUUUUUAUUUUGCUUCACAACAGCUCAACGUGUGCGAAACAGUCGCCAUGACAACCCUUAGGAGUUGAACAGUAAGGCUUGAAAUAACAAAAAUAGUCUGUGUGGCUCGUGAAAAAUACAUUCUGUCGUACAAUC